AUUUACGAAAUAGAUAAGGUCAGCACGAAAAGAAUUUAGAAUUUAAAAUUAAACGCAGCUGUCGACGAUCAAUCUCCCAUAUGCUUCAAGCAAGCGAACGUGUUAAGCUGCUGUAUUAGCCAACUAAACAAAUUUUACUUAAACUAGUCCCGUUUACGUGACGGUCACUUUGACUGGAAAAUAUAAUGCGGGACUACGUGACUCGUCAACUGUUAUCUGAAUUGUACGACGUUGUGAUGAGUGAUGACUUUUGUUCCCUGUCACUUUCUUAGGCUAUCUGGCGAUUCAUAACAAAAUGAACAACUGAAAUUCAAACAAACGCACCCAACGGAAAGGGACCUACAUUUCUUAUCUACACACAAGGGAUUAAUACCGGCAGUUAGUGGAUAACCAAUUUUGUUUUAUAAUAAAUCAGUAUUGCUACAUCAGCUAGAAGUUAGUUCAGACUCUUCGCUGCAAUGGCUAGCAACUUGUUCACUUGUUCCUUUUUCACUUUUCUCAUUUGCGCUUGGAUCAUUUACUCGGUCGAUGGACUUUCCUUGGAGGAUCGACUGCAACAAUUAACCGAUAAUUAUGUCGAGAUCAAAUCAAUUCUGCAAGACAAAAUUGUCCAACUGGAAAUGAAAGACGCGAGGUUGGAGGCACUCGAACUAAAAAUGCAACAGCAAUAUGAAAUCAGAGAAGGUUUGUCAGUCAAAGUGUCCGAGCUAGAGUCCAAAGUGCAACAACAACAACGGCUUUUGACUGCCCUUCAAAACAAGCAAUCAGCAGCAGUCUCUGAUUACCGAUCUGACGUCAAAAAUGAUUCGAGAAUUAGCAAUGGAAUGCCAACUUCGUGCGCAGAUCUUUAUGCCUUGGGUCACAGUUUGAGUGGGUUCUAUUCCGUAAGAGGCGCUUCUAUGGUGGAAAGUGUCUACUGCGACUUUACCAAGCAAUCCAGCGAUCCUGGUUUCCAACAAUUCAUUGGCUCGACUGAAAUGAAAUCAUCGCCCGCUAUCUUUUACGUGCAGAGGAGCUCGUCUUUCACUCAAAUCAACGUUCCCGUUCCAUUUCAAAUUGAAAGACUCAACGUGGGAAAAGCCAUGAAUUUGACAUCGGGCAAAUUCACGGCCCCAGUCACGGGCAACUACUUUUUCUCGCUCUCGGGCACGGCGUACAUUCCGGCGACGACAACACGACUGGUUUUCACUAUCGGUCUCUUCCUGAACGACAAUUCACUCGCUUACGGUUACGCCGACGAAAUGAGCGCCGAUUACCAAUACGAAACGUUUUCUCUCCAGUCGACGCUUAAUUUGAUCAAAGGCGAUCAAGUCUGGAUACAGAUUUCCUCCAUGGAAACAGGAGUGUAUCUAUACGGAGGGUUGUUCACUCACUUCAACGGCUGGCUACUACAAGAAGAUAUUUUCCAAUCGCAAAAAUAUCACAACUGAAAAAAUAUAUAAAUCCAUUAUCGGGUCACUUCAGAAUAAAAUUAUCUGUGAUGUUAUUUUCUUUCUCGUAAUAUAUCAAUUCCUAAAUCGG